AUGAAAUCUGAUGACGACAGCGACGGCGACGUUGAAUGUGAUUUAGGAGACGUGGGCGACGAAGGUUUUACUGUUGAUUUUGAUGGUAAUGACGAUGUUGUCAUAGAUUUUGAUAAUGAUUUUGAUAAUGAUAAUUUUAUUGAUGAUAACCUUGGUGAUUUUGGUAAUGAUUUUGGUGAUUUUGAUAAUGAUGACUUUAUUGGGAGAGAUUCAGAUGGUAUAACUCUUGCAGAACGUAUGGGAAGUAUGUUAGAUUUAAGCAUUGGUAUACAACCAUUUUAUUACACUUAUACAAUACCAUACCAUACGUUUUGCAAGAGUUAUACCAUACUGAAUGUCCCUAUACUCACCAUUUGUCUACCUGUUGCCAGGCGCCUAGAUGAUCAUGUGAUAUUCCGUCCUUAUAGACAAAAGUAUAAUAAUAAAAUCUAUACAACAUCUCAGUUCUUAAUUUUUGUUAUUCUUUUAAUAUCAAAUUUUAUUAUAUUGCCACUACCACCAAAUGCUGGAUUACCAAUAAUAUUUUCAAAGUAA